CCCUAAUUGCUUGAAAUUAACCUGCAUUUCAGUCAUCAUUAUACCAUCAGCAUAUCUUUUCCCCGUUUCGUUCCUGGGCACUAAUCAUAAGCUGCUCAUCCCUGCACCAUCGACGUCAAACUUCACGAGGGGAGCUUCAGCUUCAUUCCCCAGGUACCCUGCCGCCACUUCCACUGAGCUCAUAGCUACCACUGUUCACCUCCAUAAGAACAAUCGAUCCGUCAUUUCUCCCCCUUUUCUCCUCACGCUUUUUCUUCCAUCACAGCACCUCUUCUUUCUUCCACAGCCAUGUCUUUUGCACCUUCUUUGCGUCUCUGUGUGCGGCGUGUUGCUGCUUCACCUGCUAUUCGCCCCUGUUUCACUUUUACUGCUGCGCGAAAGCUUCACAAUGUCCCUCCCCGACAGGACAAACCAGGAAAAUAUGCCCAGACCGAUCCCCAGAUCGAGGUUGAGUACCCAGAAGAUCAUGAGCUCCCUAGCAGUGAGCCUGUCUCUGGCGCUGGUGGCCAGUAUGUGAAGCCAACUCUGCCCACCUUUACACUCGACGGUCAUGUUGGCAUCGUCACCGGUGGUGCACGUGGGUUGGGUCUUGUUAUGGGUCAAGGAAUGGUAUUCUCUGGAUCCAACCUUGCUCUUGUUGAUAUGAAUAAGGAAGAAGCAGAGAAGCAGACUAGCUUGAUCAUUGAAGAGUUCAAAAAGGAGAACCCUCGAGCCCGACGAAUCCCAAAGGUCACUGCCCAUUAUGCUGAUGUAUCUGAUCCUGAAUCUGUCGAGGCUUGUGUAGCCGAGGUUGUUAAGGAGCACGGAAAGAUCGACAACCUGGUCACCUCAGCUGGCUUCACGGAGAACUUCGAAGCCGUUAACUACCCCAUCGACCGUCUCCGUAAGCUUUGGGCUGUUAACGUUGACGGUACAUAUCUCUUUGCAACAUCAGUCGCCAGGCACUUGAUGCAAAGAAAGGCUCCUGGUAGCAUCGUCAUGAUUGGUAGCAUGUCCGGAUCCAUUGUCAACGUUCCUCAGCCUCAGGCUCCCUAUAAUGCCGCCAAAGCCGGUGUGCGCCAUCUCGCUGCUUCCUUGGCCGUCGAAUGGGCUCAGGCAAACAUCCGAGUCAACUGCAUCUCUCCCGGUUACAUGUUGACUGCACUCACUCAGAAGAUUCUUGACGACAACCCGGAUCUCAAGGCCAAGUGGACUUCCCUUAUCCCCCAGGGCAAAAUGGGACAACCACAGGACCUCAUGGGGCCCGUGGCAUUCCUCCUAUCAGAUGCUUCUUCGUAUGUGACUGGUGCCGACAUCCGAGUCGAUGGCGGCUACACCGUUACCUAGAUUCUUUCCAACAAAAGCGAAAAGAAGUUUGGUCAACAUUGCACCGUACUUGGUUUGGUUUAUGCGAGCGAUUUUGGAAUUUGAAAAUGUACCUAAUGGUGGGAGAAAAGGAGGCCACGAUUUUAAGCAUAUCGAAAAGGAGUUAAUUACAUAUUACUGCUGAAGAUAAGGAUGCCUCUUUAACUUAACUCUGGUUCUAUAGUAUAAU